AUGGCAAAGCCAGUAACUGAACGAGUGAUGGCGGAUGACCGUUACAUUGUUUGGCUUGACAUUGACAAUACACUCUACACACGAAGCUCACGCAUUGCUGAGCUUAUGAUCGAACGUAUUCAUGCAUACUUCCUAUCCAUGGGCUUUACGGACGACGAUGCGCACGAGCUGCACAGCAAGUACUACACGCAGUACGGUCUUGCCCUGCGGGGACUGAUGAAGCAUCACAACAUUGAUGCCCUGGAUUUUGACAAGAAGUGUGAUGGAAGUUUGCCACUCGAAGACAUAUUGAAACCGGACCCGAAGGUGAGAAAGUUGAUCGAGGAUAUCGAUCGGAGUAAGGCAAGGGUGUGGGCGCUCACCAACGCGUAUUCCACACACGCUAAUCGCGUUUUGCGCGUCCUGAACCUAUCCGAUUUGAUCGAAGAAAUUUUCUACUGCGACUAUUCCUCUCCGGACUUCUCAUGCAAACCCGAACCGUCCUUUUACGCCCAAGCGCUCUCCACUGCGGGUGUCACCGAUCCCUCUAAAUGCCUGUUUGUAGACGACAACCUGAACAACGUGCGGGCGGCGAAGAGUUGCGGUUGGGGGCAUUGUGUGCUGUAUUCGGAGCGGGAGGAGGACCAUAGUAUGAGCGAACAUCCGAAAGUGGAGGGGGUGGAUGCGGUUAUCGGAAACCUACAAGAGCUGAGGGAGUUGUGGAAGCAAGUUUUUCAGGUUGUGCCAUAG